AUGCCGGCGGCGGCGUCCCCCUGGGCGUCGUCUCUGCAGGAUGAUCUGAUUCGCCUGCUCGCGUCGCGCUUGCUGGCCGGCGACCUGCUGGACUACGUCCGCUUCCGCGCCGUCUGCGCCCCGUGGCGAUCCGGCACCGCCUCCCCGCGCGGCCAAGGCGUCGUCGACCCGCGCUUCCACCCGCGCCGCUGGGCGAUGCUCCCGGAGGGCGACGGCCUCUACCCCGGCCACCCCGACCUGCGCGGCCAGGUCCGCUUCUUCAACCUCGACACGGGAGCCUUCGUCCGUGUCCGCAUCCCGCUGUUCGAGGACCACUGCGUUCUUGAUUGCUACGAAGGCCUCCUCGUCCUGCAGCGGGACCACGACACCGCCAUCCGCCUGCUCCACCCGUUCACCGGCGACGUUCUCGACCUGCCACCACUCUCGACUCUCCUCCCGCAGAUGCACGAGGAACUCCAUCACUUAUCGGCACAGGAGAAGCUUCCCUAUCUCAGAUCCCUCUCCACUACUGCUACCUUCUCUGAUGGUGUCGUCACCGUCAUGCUUGCGCUCAGUAGUACGAUAUACCGUGUGGUUCCAUCAGUUAAGUCGUCGAUCAUUCUCGUUCCAGGGCACGGCUUACACGGUGGUGUAUGA